AGCAGAGUUUUGUUUCCUUCUCCAGUUUAGUUUUGCCUUAAAGUUGGAACCCAAACCAAUAAAUCUUUAAAAAAAAAAAAAAAGUCUCGCCCUUUGCUGAAUCCUUUUAGCAACAUUUUCAUUCUUCUUAGUAAAUGUCAAUUCUGCAUUAAUGUCUUACCCAAAUUUGCAAGCCCCUCUCUCGUCUUCCUGAUUCUCCCAAAUCUGUUUCCUUUAGAUUUUGAUUUUUUUUUUUGUUGAGCAAUGAAGAAGACUAAACUCGACAACUCCGCCUCACUGAACCGAAUCGGGCUUGUUCAGUUCCUGUUAGCUCUCCUGCUCUUUUACCUCCUCUGCAUGAGCUUCGAGAUCCCUUUCAUCUUCAGAACCGGGUCCGGUUCCGACGACGGGUCUUUUUCGUCGUUGCCGAGACAGAUGGUUGCUGGUAAAGAAGCAAACCGGGCUAUCAUCGCAGAACAACAAGUAAACCGUCUUAGACCGGGUCGUAAACCGGAGAGGAGAAUGCGAGAGUUCAAAACCGUCUCUGAAAUCUUCGCCAACGAGAGUUUAUUCGACGGCGGCGGAUCCACCGACGAGUUCUCGGUCUUCCACGUCACCGCGAAGCACGCGAUUGCGACGGGGAAGAAAAUGUGGGACGGGGUUAAUUCCGGUUUAAUCAGCAAACCGGAUGAAAAACCGGUUAAGAACCGGACGGAGAAAUGUCCGGAUUCGGUUUCGAUUACCGGGUCAGAGUUUUUAAACCGGAGCCGGAUCUUGGUUUUGCCGUGCGGGUUAAAGCUGGGAUCUCACGUUACGGUCGUGGCGACGCCGCAUUGGGCCCACGCGGAGAAAGAUGGGAAGGGUGCGGUGACGCAGUUCAUGAUGGAGCUGCAGGGACUGAAGGCGGUGGAGGGUGAAGACCCGCCUCGGAUCCUCCAUUUCAACCCGAGGAUUAAAGGGGACUGGAGUGGGAGACCAGUGAUUGAGCAGAACACUUGUUAUAGGAUGCAGUGGGGCUCUGCUUUGCGCUGUGAUGGUCGUGCGUCUAGUGAUGACGAAGAUUCUGUUGAUGGAGAGGUGAAGUGUGAGAGGUGGAAGAGGGAUGAUGAUGGUGAUGAUGAAUUAAAGAACACAUGGUGGUUGAAAAGGCUAAUGGGACGAAGGAAGAAGAUAACACAUGAUUGGCCAUACCCUUUUGAAGAAGGGAAGCUCUUUGUUCUUACUCUUCGAGCUGGGAUGGAAGGUUACCACAUCAGCGUUAAUGGAAGACAUAUCACAUCCUUCCCUUACAGAACCGGAUUUGUUCUAGAGGAUGCUACUGGAUUAGCAGUGAAGGGGAACAUUGAUGUGCAUUCGGUAUAUGCUUCCUCUUUACCCUCUACAAACCCGAGUUUCGCGCCGCAAAAGCAUCUAGAGAUGCAAAGCAGAUGGAAAGCUCCUUCGUUACCUCAGAAGCCUGUGGAGCUCUUCAUCGGUAUUCUCUCUGCUGGUAACCAUUUCGCAGAGAGAAUGGCUGUGAGGAAGUCGUGGAUGCAGCAAAAGCUAGUCAAAUCGUCGAAAGUUGUUGCACGGUUCUUUGUUGCAUUGCACGCAAGAAAGGAAGUCAAUGUGGAUCUGAAGAAAGAAGCCGAGUACUUUGGUGAUAUUGUGAUAGUACCGUACAUGGAUCAUUAUGACCUCGUUGUGCUCAAGACGGUUGCCAUCUGCGAAUAUGGGGUUAGCACAGUGGCGGCAAAGUAUAUUAUGAAAUGCGACGAUGAUACGUUUGUACGAGUUGAUGCUGUGAUACAAGAAGCGGAGAAGGUUAAGGGAAGAGAUAGCCUUUAUAUUGGAAACAUUAACUUCUACCAUAAGCCUCUGCGCACUGGUAAAUGGGCUGUGACAUAUGAGGAAUGGCCUGAAGAGUCUUAUCCUCCAUAUGCAAAUGGUCCGGGUUACAUCUUGUCAUACGACAUAGCUAAGUUCAUCGUCGAUGAUUUUGAACAGCAGAGAUUAAGAUUAUUCAAGAUGGAAGAUGUGAGCAUGGGAAUGUGGGUGGAGAAGUUCAACGAGACUAGACCAGUGGCAGUUGUUCACAGCCUCAAGUUCUGCCAGUUCGGAUGCAUUGAAGACUACUUCACAGCUCAUUAUCAGUCGCCUCGCCAGAUGAUUUGCAUGUGGGAUAAGCUGCAGAGACUCGGGAAGCCACAUUGCUGCAACCUGAGAUGACUUAACAUUGUGUUUUCUUUUGGCCUGAUUCUGGAUUUUUUGCGUUAGAAAGGAAAAUGAAGAAGCAGAUGGGGGGAUUUCGUGGAGCUAACUGUUUUAGAUCUCUGUUGUAUAGAACAAACUAUAAUUUAUCUUAUUAUAUAAUAUUAUGUAAUGAAGGGCUCUUGAAAUGACUGAGAGGUCAAAUUGUUUUUGCUGUUUUUACAAAAUAUAUGCAAGUCUGAUAUCCCUCAA